AUGUCGGCCGCAAGCGAUAUCGAGGAGCCGCCUCCUCCAAUCACGGUCCUCUUGUUGCGAUCACCCGUCUCCAUGACCAAGGGAACCGAUCCGUUUCACGACGCAUUCGGUUCCUUCUGCCUACCAUCGUUCGCAUCCUCCGCCCUCGAGUCCGGUACAUCGACACCGCUGCCGAGCUUGUCAACCAGUGGGAAACCGUCGCUAUCCUCUACGUCAGAGCAUGGCGCCCUUGACCUCAUCAGGACGGCUCUCACGCAGCAAGCCGCUGUUGGAGCAGCAACUACCACCACCAAAUCCUCCACAGAUCACAGCACAUCAUCUUCCGCAUCCACAAUGCUGCCGCUUUCUGCGACUGGCAGGCGCAAGGGCAAGUUCAUCCACGAUCAGCCACGUCUCAUGACCCACCACCUCUCGUACCCUGCAGAUGCGCACGGCGAAGAGAUCGAGAUGGAAUACUGUGUCACCUCAUUUCCUAUCCUAGCUCACACGUUUGUCAAUCAGGACAAAUUCGUCGAUCGCCUCUUGCAUGGCUAUCGCAAGCAACCCGACGACAUUGGGGCGCCAUAUCGCGGCAUGAUCGUUACGAGUCAAAGGGCCGUCGAAGCAUACAUUUCGGCCGGCGUCAAGGCACAAGACGUCCUACGUUGCAAAAACAAGACCUCGUCCAGCUCUCCCACCCAAUGGAAUCGCGUCCCCUUCUUUGCUGUAGGGCCUGCCACCCUGUCAGCAUUACGGAGCGUACCGCUCGCGCCCUGGCUGCGUCCGCGCCUCGUCAUGGGUGGCGAAGCCACAGGAACCGGAGAGACGCUGGCUCGUUACGUUGUGCGUCACUUUUCCUCGCCCUCCAUCUUGGAUCAAAACUCAGACUUGCGCGCAGCUGAACAGGCGCCGCCGCUUCUCUACCUCGUCGGCGACAAGAAUGCCUCCACGAUACCUGAUAUGCUCUCGCAGACAUCACCGCCCACUGGUCCCAUUCCCUUCGAAGAGCUGCAGGUGUACGAGACAAGUCCGGAUCCUCACUUUGCUGAGGGUUGCGAAGUGCUCGCAAGGACGCUUCCUUCGGUGGUCUCGAGGCCUCCCAGUCGACGACCCAGUCAUGGCAGCAUGCAUUCGCGCACCGGCAGCAGACGUCCGAGCGCUGGGAGCGCCGCUUCCAUCGAUCGUCAAGCCUCCUCAGGCAGAAGCGCGAAUCCAAGCCGAAGGCCGAGUGCCGACGAUCUGCACGCAAACGCGCACGCCAAGCACGGAUCCUCGAAUCUGAGCCAUGUUCCUUCCGUCGGCACGCCUCUCGGUGUCAGCACCAUGACGUCUACAGAAGCAGCAGCCGCCGCCCAGCCACGUCUCGACAACCUCGCCAUCCCCAAAGCUGGCGGUGGCUCGCCUCAGAUGAUGGCGUCGCCCGCCCACAUUGAACCCGAGGCUAUCAAUCCUAUCGAAGAGGAGUCGGUGCUGCGGCUAUUGCGAUCCAAGGUCAAAAAUGCCAGCGCUGGGGACGGUGGCAGUGCCAGUUACAACGCUGUGCUUCAACGUAUCGCUCGACCGGAUUGGAUCGUCUUCUUCUCGCCCAGCGGCGUCAACUAUGCUUUGGACGAGUUCCGACGUCGUAAAUGGCUGCCACCGCAGGCAGUGAACUUGCGACAGCAGCAGGAAGCAGAACAGCAACUCGGCGCCAACCCGACCCUCACCUCGCAUGCUCCCGCAUCCGGAAGAGGCCCGACCACCACCACCAACGCCAGCAGCGGCUCGCGCAAGUAUCCACGCAUCGCUGUGCUUGGCAGCACCACGCGAGCCUGGAUGGUGGACAACCUCGGCAUCGAGCCAGAUGCCGUUGCUUCCAAGCCUGGGCCAAAGGAGCUGAAGGAUGCCAUCGAGGCGGUCGAGCUGCGACUUCGAGCCAAAGCGUAG